CUACCCGACCCGACCCAUGUCAGUCAUCUGAGUGGUUCUUAUAAAUUUCUCAUUUCUGUCGAAUCCAAUCAUACCUGAAUGUACAGACACCAUGCUGUAAUAGUUUGAGCCACGAGAGUGGGUGAGAGAGGCUUAUCCACCUUCUUGAGAGAGUCUUGUUCAGGUGUCUUUCAUCUUGCUGAGGUAAAAACAAUGGAAUCGCUGCCACUGAUCAGUGCGACGAUGGUAUCAUCAGCACCGGCGAAGGAUGUCACGCCGGAGCCCAACAGUAACACGAUAGAGUGGCACAGCAGGCGGUGCACGUGGGGAGGGCCGAUGAGCCUCCACAGAGUCCUGUGCAUGCAAGGCGGCGACGACGACGGGAGCUACGCCAAGAACUCGGACGCGACCGCAUCUGCAAUCACCCUAUCGAAGCCCUUGCUCCUGAAUGCCAUACGGUCCAUGAAGCUCUUCCUCACAUCCAAGCACGACGACUCGUUGAGGGUGGCCGACCUGGGCUGCGCCACGGGUUACAACACGCUGGCCACCGUCAACAUGGUCGUGGAGGGCCUGAGGAAGAGGUACGCCGAGGAGCUGGGGUUCGAGCCUGAGUUUGAGGCCUUCUUCUCCGACCUCCCCUCGAACGAUUUUAACUACUUGUUCAGAAUGUUGAGCGGGGUGGUGUCCGCCGAUUGCAGGCAGCGCUACUUCGCAGCCGGCGUGCCCGGAUCGUUCUACCACCGUCUCUUCCCGAGGGCAAAGCUUCAUGUGGCCGUGAGCUUGAGCGCCUUGCACUGGCUCUCUCAGAUACCGGAAGAAGUCACGGACAAGAGCUCGCCGGCGUGGAACAAGGGAAGAGCAUGGAUCGACGGGGCUAAGGAAGAGGUGGUGGAGGCCUACGCGAGGCGGUCUGAGGAGGACCUGGACAACUUCCUGCGGUGCCGGAAGGAAGAGAUCGUGGAAGGCGGGGUAUUGUUCAUGCUGAUGGGAGGGCGGCCGAGCUCGCAACAGCCCUGCGACCAGUUGGGCGAUCCGGACUCGAGAGACAAACACCCCUUCACCACCUCCAUGGACCGAGCUUGGCAAGACCUCUUGGACGAGGGCUUGAUAGAUGAAGAGACUAGAGACGGGUUCAACAUCCCGGCGUACAUGAGGAGCAUGGAGGAAGUGGAGAGAGCAAUGGCCAAGUGCGGUGGGUUUGAGAUCCAGAGGAUGGAGUACCGGAGGAUCCGAGAGCACUCCGAGGAGAAGCAAGAGGAGUGGGCCCGCGACCCGGCUUCCUACGGCCUGUCCAAGGCCAACCUGGUCCGGGCCACCCUCGGGCCCAUCGUCGAGGCGCACCUCGGCCGGUCCCUCUCCCACGAGCUCUUCGACCGGUUCCGGAGGCGGGUCUCCGCCGAGCUCGGCCUCCUCGCGAAGACCCGCUUCUACGGGGUCAUUGUGGUCUGUGCUAUCCGGAAGUGAAGGCGGGUCGGGCUUGGUUUACAUGGGUCACGAACCGCGGAGAUAUUCAUUCUUCAAGAUAGGCUAUAAUGUCGGACUUCUAGAAAAGAAAUGGCGAAUAAAUCUUCUCUUUUUGUAAUGUUUUUUUUUUUAUAUAAAUUUUUUGAGGGACGCAAAUGUCAUUUGCUUGCUCUUUUA